CCCGGGCCAGCCCGAUUGUGCUCGCCCGCUCCGCCGAGGCAGCGCCGCGAUGUCCGAGACCGCUCCCACCGCCGCCCCCGACGCGCCCGCGCCCGGCGCCAAGGCCGCCGCCAAGAAGCCGAAGAAGGCGGCGAGCGGCUCCAAGGCCCGCAAGCCCGCGGGGCCCAGCGUCACCGAGCUGAUCACCAAGGCCGUGGCCGCCUCCAAGGAGCGCAAGGGGCUCUCGCUCGCCGCGCUCAAGAAGGCGCUGGCCGCCGGCGGCUACGAUGUGGAGAAGAACAACAGCCGCAUCAAGCUGGGGCUCAAGAGCCUCGUCAGCAAGGGCACCCUGGUGCAGACCAAGGGCACCGGCGCCUCCGGCUCCUUCCGCCUCAGCAAGAAGCCCGGGGAAGUGAAGGAAAAAGCCCCCAGGAAGAGAACAGCUGCAGCCAAGCCCAAGAAGCCGGCGGCGAAGAAACCCGCCAGCGCCGCCAAGAAGCCCAAGAAGGCGGCGGCGGUGAAGAAGAGCCCCAAGAAGGCGAAGAAGCCGGCGGCUGCAGCGGCCAAGAAAGCGGCCAAGAGCCCCAAGAAAGCCGCCAAGGCCGGGCGCCCCAAGAAGGCAGCGAAGAGCCCGGCCAAGGCGAAGGCGGUGAAGCCCAAAGCGGCCAAGCCCAAGGCGGCCAAACCCAAAGCGGCCAAGGCGAAGAAGGCGGCGCCCAAAAAGAAGUAAAUCGUACCAGGAGAGUUUUGUUCUGCAUAUUUUGUUAUCCAACGGCUCUUUUAAGAGCCACCCACACUUUCCCUAAAGGAGCUGAUGCACCGAGGUCGUCCGUACCCUGCAGCAGGGGUCCAGCAAUUCGUAAGUCGUCAAGAGGUCAAUUGUGUCUUGUGUCUUUUGUUUCCUAGGGAUUACCGAAAGAAAGACUUAAGAACGCGGUAGAACGCGGCGACUUUAGGGAAGUGUAGACUUUUGUUUUUCCUCCAAGUGAUUACUUUGACUACCAAGAAACAAAUGUUUUAUAAUGAUUUGAUAAAAAAAUCGGAUGUACGUUUUUUUAAAGAUAUAUUUUGUAACAAAAUAAUGCAAUUGCCAGGCACGCUACUACUGAGCCAUGUCGAAUUAUUGAAUUAUUUCUCUUAAAGUGUCUCCGUAAAUGCCUUUGUUUGGGGGGAAGAGGGGAGGGUUUCUUUACUGACACAAAAAUGGCCCAGAUCUUUCCCAAUCCCUUUGUUCCUGAUGAGAAAGAAAGCUUUAAGUAUUGAAAAAGCCCGCCCUGCCCAAGGAUUGGCCAGCGGAAAUCCCGGCCCGCCGCCCUUCCCCCUCCCUUCCCCGAAGACGCCCACGCCUCUGGAGCUCUAUCGGCCGCUCGGGGAAGAAAAGAGGCGAAAAAGGGAGGAGGGGCAGGAACCCAACAAAUGCUGUCCGUAUGUUCUCAGCGUAAGAACUAAACGGAAAAUACCCCAUACCAGGAAGAAAUUGCAUGGAGAGGAGGACGUUUUGGCAAGACUUUGUUAACAAAAGAUUGAAAAACAUUGCUACUUUAUCCAACCAAAAAAUAAAAAAAAGUUGAAACAAGAAUUGAGUAAUUAAUACAAAA